CUAUUAUCAGCUUAUCGAUUAUUUUGAUAUCAUCGUUUUGUUUUUUUUCAUCAUUUUAAUUUUUAGUUAUUGGAUUUAAUCUUAGAAUGUCAAAUUAUGACAGAUAUGGGAUAGUGAUAGAUUCUGGCUCCUCAGGAUCAAGAUUGCAGAUAUUUAAAUGGGAAGAUCCAUUAUAUACUAAAAUACACUCUAUUAAUGAAAGUAUUCUUUCCUCUAUACCUCAAGUUGUUCAAGAGUCUGACUGGAAUAAAAAAACCUCCCCAGGUUUGUCAACUUUUAAUAACAACUAUAAAAAAAUAUGGUCAAAACACCUUAAAAGUUUAAUUAAAUUUGCUGAAUCUAAGAUUCCAAAGGAAAAAAUCCCAGAAACACCAAUUUUUUUACAAGCUACUGCUGGUAUGAGAUUAUUACCUGAAAAGUCUCAAUUAAAAAUAUUGGAAACUGUCUGCAAAAGUUUAAAAGAAAAAUCUGAUUUUUUGGUCACGAAUUGUCAAGAACAAAUUCAAAUUAUUAAUGGUGAACAAGAAGGCAUUUAUGGAUGGAUUGGUUUAAAUUACUUAUUAAGUAAUUUUAAUAAUUACAAUUCAUUGAAUAAAAGCCAUUUCUCUUAUGGGUUUAUGGAUAUGGGUGGUGCUUCAACUCAAAUUGCUUUUGUUCCUUCAAAUGCUUCAGAUUUGAUAAAUCAUAAAGACGAUUUAUCUAAAGUUUUUUUAAGAAAUGUUAAUGGGGACUUGCAACAAUGGAAUAUAUUUGUUUCUACAUGGCUAGGAUUUGGUGCCAACCAGGCCAGAAAAAGAUAUCUCAACCAGCUAAUCUCUUUGAUACUAUUAGAUGAUUUAACAUCUAAUGAUAAUGAUAUAAUAAAUGACCCAUGUCUGCAAAAGGGGUUAAAUUUUGAUUUUUAUUCAUCCAUGGACAAAAAGACUCAUAAAAUUAGAGGAAUUGGUGAUUACGAAAUGUGCAUUAGAAUUCAAUAUCCUUUAUUAUUGAAAAACCUACCAUGUAUUGAUGAACCAUGUCUUUUCAAUGGUGUUCAUGUACCGGAAAUUAAUUAUGAAAAAGAUAAAUUUAUUGGAAUUUCUGAAUAUUGGUAUAAUACUAAUGACAUUUUCCAAAUGGGUGGUCAAUAUAAUUUUUUGAAAUUUAAUGAAAAAGUAAAAGAAUUUUGUGAAACUGAUUGGAAGACUAUUGAACAAAAUAAUGAAAAUGGCCUUUAUAAUGACAUUCCAAUUGAUUAUUUAAAAGAUUCUUGCUUUAAAUGUGGUUGGGUUGUUAAUAUAUUACACGAAGGUUUCAAUCUACCCAGAAUCGAUAUUGAUUCAAAAUCAAUUAAUAAAAUGAGUAAGGGAAAAGAAACUGAAAAUAUAUUUCAAAGUGCUGGAACAAUUGCAGGUGCUGAGCUUUCUUGGACCUUAGGUAAAAUAUUAUUAUACGCCUCAAGUCAAGUUCCACUCUCAAAGCAUAACCCAAAUGAAAAACAAAUUGUGGGAAUUCUACCUAGCGAGUUUGAUGAUAAUAGAAAUUUUUUACCUGGUGGGAUUGAUUUAUCAAUUAAUACAAAUUUUGAACAGAUUACGCCAAUUUUUUCUUCUUUUCUUAAUUUUUUUUCUUAUUUUUUUUUAAUAUUUAUCAUAUUCGGAAUAAUUAUGGUUUUAAUCAGCACUAGAGCUAAUGGGGGUAAUAAAUUUUUGAAUUCAAUUUCCAUUAAAAGUGGCUUAAAUUUUAGUAUCUUUAAAAAAUUUAACUAUAUUGUGGAUAAAAUAUUGAAUUUUGUUGAAAGAUUACUUAAAAAGAUAUUGGCAAGAAGACACUUCAGAAGAACUGUCUCAAUUAAUAGCGGGUUUGAACUUGAUAAUGCAUUUACAGAUAUUGAAGGAGGAAAUUUAUUUUCUAUGAAAAGAUCAGCUACUACUCCAAGAAUGAACAAAGUGCCAAACUCAUCGUUUUAUAGAAGUUUUUCAAACAGCAGUUCAACAUCAGUUUACAGUAUUAACAAUGGAUUUAAUUCGGUAAACGGAAACAAUGGAUUUUUAAAUAAUUCAAAAUCAUAUUUCAACUCUAAUUUUGAAUUUCAAUCAUUAGGAAAUAGAAAUAAUUUGAAUUUGAAUACAAAUUUGAUAAAUAGUAAUUCUGCUGGAAUAAAUGUUGAAAUAGAACCACCGACCCCAUUGGCUCAAAAAUCUGGUAAUAGUAAUUCAAAUGUUUUAUUUACUACAGAUGGUUCUUCUUCCAGCUUAUACAAUGUGGAUAUCAAUGAUGAUGACCAGAAUGAUAAUCAUAAUAAUAAUAAUAAUAAUAGGAAUAGUUAUCUAAAUGACAAGUCAAUGUCUUUCAGUCUGAUUGAGAAUACAAAUGAAACCAGUAUAACAUUAAAUAAUCUGCCGACAAAUUCGCAUUUUCCACAAUUGAGGUCUCGCACAAGUAAUGCUAAUAUCCAUAUUAAUCUGAAUGGGAAUGAAAAUGAAAAUGAAAAUCGGGUAAUUUUGGAAGAAAACAGUAAUAAUGAAAAAAAAAUAUAAUUCUGAGUUAAAUUUAUCUUUCAAUUUUAGAAAGCAAAGUAUUUGAAAUUUAUUGUUAAAGUAUGACAAAAGUAAAUGUUUAGGGAG